GGCGGCUUCAGCGGCAGCCUGGACCGGAGGAAGUGUGCUGGAGGGGCUGAGCAGAACCACCAGCAGCAGCAGUCGAUCUGGAGCCGUUUUUAAGCACCGGCAGCCACAGAAAAGGCCGAGGAGAAGCGCACCGGGUCCGGCUGGGACGGAGUGAGCUCGGCCGCUUGCGACCAAUCUGAGAGCAGAUUCCAGCAGAGGAAAAUGAGCCUCUCAGCCUGCAUCAAGCCUGUAUGACGGGCUGAGGGCUCUUUGAUCAGGACUUUACCCCCACUCUUUCUCUUUCUCUGACUGACAAAGAGAAACAGAAGGGGGGGAAGAAGAAUAAUCAAAGUACUGGCUCUUAGUGUGAAAAGGAGGUCCCAACAAUCAGGAUGGAGGAGGGAUAUGAACUCGACCUGACGUACAUCACGGAGCGUAUCAUCGCCGUGUCCUUCCCCCGGGGGUGCUCGGAGGAGAUAUACUCGCACAACCUGAAGGACGUCACGCGAAUGCUCAAGUCCAAGCAUGCGGAUAAUUACCUGAUUAUCAACCUGUCAGAGAGGAGACACGAUCUCUCUAAAAUGAACCCCAAGACCCUGGAUACAGGCUGGCCGGACAUGCACGCUCCACCUCUGGAUAAGAUCUGCACCAUCUGUAAGGCCAUGGAGAGCUGGCUCAAUGCUGACCCUCUUCACGUGGCGGUUAUACACUGCAGGGGCGGCAAGGGUCGAAUCGGAGUCGUCAUUUCAUCCUUUGUGCAUUUCACUGACGUGUCUGCCAGUGCUGAUCAGGCGUUGGACCGCUUCGCAAUGAGGAAAUACUAUGAUGAUAAGGUCUCAGCUCUGAUGACACCUUCGCAGAAACGGUAUGUUUGGAUCCUCAACAGUCUUCUCAGUGGUUCCAUGAAGAUCAAUGCAUCACCUUUGUUCCUGCACUGCGUCAUCCUUCACGGGAUACCAAACUUCGACGCCACCGGAGUAUGUCGUCCAUACAUCAAGGUCUACCAGGGAAUGCAAGCGGUGUAUUCAUCUGGAAUCUAUCACAUUGGUCCAGGCCACAGAGAUCGUGUCUGCAUCACCCUGGAGCCUGCCCAGCUUCUAAAAGGAGACAUCAUGAUUAAAUGCUACCACAAGAGUGACAUGACUUCAGAGCGUGAAGUGAUUUUCCGGCUGCAGUUCCACACGGGAGCAGUGCAGGGCUACAACCUGAUGUUUGAAAAAGAGGACAUGGAGACUGCCAACAAAGAUCCCAGAUUUGCAGAUUAUGGUAAAGUGGAGCUGGUGUUCUCCGAGGGACCAGAGAAGAUCCCAGGUGCAGACAGAUGGCAAAAUGGGGCAGAUGUUGUUGUGGACUACAACACAGCAGAUCCUCUCAUCCGCUGGGACUCCUACCAGAACAUCUGUGAUGGUGAAGCGCCACGCUCUCAAGGCCUAACCCAGGACAAAGCGGCUAACAAGAGGAGCCCCAACGGAGGAGAGGCCACGCUGGGCCGAGGGGCCCGCACGACCUCCGCCACCUCCAGCCCCGACCACAGCGACCACGCCCUCUCUGUCAGCAGUGAUUCUGGCCUUUCUAGCACCUCUCUGUGGGCGGACAGACCCACACCUGUCGUCACCUCCACCACCGCCACCUCCACCACCGCCCCCGCCAUCAAGCCGAACCAGGGCCCCAGCCAGCAGGAAAAGGUCCAGCUGAAGCGUCUUCUAAGUGGCUUUGGUCUCGAGGACCCUUCGGUGGAGGAGAUGGAUGAUCAAGGCCCCAGAGUGGGCGUCCAGCAGAUCGUCCCAGCGCAAGUGCACAUCAACGGCGACCCCAGACCCCGAGAGAGGGAAACGGACAUCCUCGAUGACGAGGUCAUUACAGGUCAUGAUCUGCACAGUGUGGACAGUUUAGGGACCUUGUCGUCCUCCUGCCACAAGAGCAGCCAGAACUCCCUGCUGUCCGAUGGUUUUGGGAGCCCUGGAGGAGAGGAGCAGCAAAGCCAAAGCCAGCACCACCUCCACCACCCUGCACCCCCUGCCAUGGAGGACUAUGAGAGAGCCUAUGCUGAGGCUAGAAGGGGCUGUAUGAGCUCCAGGAGCAACUCUGUGACCUCCUCUAAUCCCAGCAGUGCUUCUAUGCCCAAGCAGCAUGUCUACAGGCAGGGAAGCUAUUCCACGCAGUCCUGGGUUCGCCAGCAGCAGAUGGUUGCCGCACAACAGUUUGUCUACAUGCCCGAGGACGGAAACGAUACGGAAAGAUACCCAGGGAACAAGCAAGGGAGCAGCUCACCCAAAGCAGGCCUGCCCACCGAACCACAGGGCCCUACCAGGGACAUGACGGCAGAUGCUCUGAGAAACACGGCGCCGCACAAGGAGCAGGCAACGCUAAACAACAACAACAACAACAAGCGUGACGAGGAGUUCAAAUCUCUAACGAUGGACAUCGACAACUCCAUCGACCAGCUCAACCAGCUGAUCAUGGACCUGGAUCCCACAUUUGUGCCGGUGUCCAGCCACAACAGCUCCAUCAAGAGGAACGGCGGGACGCACAUGAACGGCUCGGCCCCCAAAUGCUCAAACGGCCUCGGUCUCAGAUUCAACGAUAGUAACGCAGCGACCCUGAAAAACACACAGCAGCCAGCUGUCCAGUCCAGCGAGGGCCGGGUGGGUGUCACGCGGAGUCUGAGUCGCCAAGGAAGCGAUGUCACGGAUCACCAAGGCUUCUGUUCCUCAGGGUGGGGUGGGACAGAGGAGUACAGGGGCCAGCGGACGUACUCCCCCUGCGUGCCACAGUCCCAGCAUCACAUGUUGUACAGGAGUGACAGCGCUGACUACAGGGCUCAGGGCCCUGACGUGGACAGUGGGGUCGAGGCCGGGAGUGACAUGACUCCGCCCACCCCCGCCUUCCCCAUCUCUCCGCCGACACCUUACGUGAAAAAUAUGUCAGAAUUGACCCAGCUCAGGCAAACGCCGUCUCCAGGAGUGCAGUCUUAUGGAGGCUACAGAACAGACCACGAACCCCGGGGAUAUUCAGAGAUGAUCAGUCACGCUGGAGCGGACUGCUUACCAGACUCCUCCAUCAACUGCCACAGGACGCUGAGUGCCACACACUCUGCCUCUAUUGUUGAGACCUUGCAGAGGACAGACAGUUCAUCCAUGAACCAGUCCUGGCCAGAGCAUCCCGUCCUGAGCCGACACUCCUCUCUGAGCAGCUACCCCUCUGCCAGACAACCACCGCAGCACUCCAUGCCACUGGACUAUGGCCACCACUCUCCUCCCCUGCACCACCCCCACAUCCACCCCGCCCCCAACGCCCACAGCUCUCCUCGCAGCAGCCAGCGAAGCCGCAUGGCUCGAUACGCUCUCAACCGCAGUCCAGCUCAGAGCUUUGACGAGCAGGACGACUCGGGUCUCGGCUAUGGCCCGGACUGUCCGAGCUCCACCUCCUCUCUGCUGGGAAAUGGAGGCGUGGACAGGGAACUUUUGGCCACCAUGGAUGGGCAGAAUCUGCCCCAGAUGCAGCCUCCACUCCUGCCUGAGAAGAAGAGGGCGUCAGAUGGGGAGCAUUCACUGGGAACGGCGUCUCCGGCCCUCAGCGGGUUCUCGAGUCCCCACAGUGGGAGCUCGCUAAGUAUCCCCUUCCCCAACGUUUUGCCCGACCUCUCAGCUCAGAUGCCGGGCACAGCCUCACCUCUGCCAGAUGUGCUGGUCAGCAAGCAGGUUACUGUCAAAUUUGUGCAGGACACAUCAAAGUUCUGGUACAAGCCAGAUAUCUCAAGGGAUCAAGCCAUUUCAGUCUUGAAGGACAAGGAGCCUGGCUGCUUCAUCGUGCGGGACAGCCAUUCCUUCAGAGGGGCAUAUGGGCUGGCAAUGAAGGUGGCUACUCCUCCACCCUCAGUUCUCCAGCAGACCAAGAAAGGAGGCGACCUGUCCAAUGAAUUAGUUCGCCACUUCCUCAUUGAGUGUACGCAGAAAGGAGUGCGAUUGAAGGGUUGCCCCAACGAGCCUUAUUUUGGAAGCUUAACUGCACUGGUCUGCCAACAUUCAAUCACUCCCUUGGCCCUGCCCUGCAAGCUCAUCAUACCUGACAGAGAUCCUCUUGAAGAUGUUGUGGAGUCUACCUCGCAAUCAGUCACCAACUCUGCUGCGGAGCUGCUAAAACAGGGCGCAGCCUGCAACGUGUGGUACCUGUGCUCCGUGGAGAUGGAGUCGCUAACAGGCGUCCAGGCGGUGCAGAAAGCCACCAGCAUGACUCUGAGCUCCAACCCUCCACCAGCCUCCACUGUGGUCCACUUCAAGGUGUCCUCCCAGGGAAUCACACUCACUGACAACCAGAGGAAGCUCUUCUUCAGGAGGCAUUACAAUGUCAGUACGGUCAUAUUUUGUGCAUUGGACCCUCAAGAUAGAAAGUGGAAGAAAGAUGGCUGCCCUUCAGCAAAGAUCUUCGGCUUUGUGGCGAGGAAAACUGGCACUUCCAUGGACAAUGUGUGUCACCUGUUCGCGGAGCAUGACCCAGAGCAGCCAGCGAGCGCCAUUGUCAACUUUGUUUCCAAGGUGAUGAUUGGCUCGCAGAAGAGUAAGUAGGCCCGCCUCGGGCUGAGCUGAUCGCCUGGACAGACUUUCACUGAGAGUAGACACAAGGAAUAAAGACUGGGAGGCUGAAAAAGAACAAAAUGUAAGGACUGAAGAUGGUGAUGACCUGGACAUUAACCCUGGAUAUUAACUGGAUGUUACAGACAUAAUGACCACUUACCAGCACCAGGAUAUUUUUAAUGACUUCUUUUAAUAUAAACAUUUAAAUCCCCUUGUAUUAUUUUUCUUUCUUGUAAAAUGAACUGUAAAGUAGCCAAGUAAGUAACUAAAUAAUAAGAAAAGUGUACUCAUUUUCUACUGGUUUAAAACUGUAAUGUCUUAUACAGUCAGAUAUAAUCUCAACAUAUUUUAAUACAUAACACGAAAGCUGCUUUUCUUGUUCCUGCGUAACAUUUUUAUGUACAAAUCAGGAAAAUUCUACCUUGUUGCAUGUAUUUUUUUCCUACUAUUUAACCGAAACAAACUUCAUUCAAGCUAUUAACAGUCUGUAAAGUUGUAGUCGAUGUAGUGCUGCAUCUGUCCAGCACGCAGUAUUUUGUUGUGGAGUUAAAAAUGUGUAAAAGCAGUGCAGAAAAUAUGUAUAAUUUGGAUUUUGGGAUAGGCGACGUUGCAUACAGGAUUAUCUUAUUUUAUCUAUGCAAUGUAAAAUUUUAUUUUUAUAAACUGCAGCCUUCUGUACAUGUGCAGCAAGUGUGUGGCUUUUUCUGAACCUGUUGAAUAUAACUUCCUUCUAAAGAUGUUUGUGAAUAGCCUGUGACCACUUUUUUAGCUGUUGGCAACAUUUUGAUGAAAGCGUGCGUGUGUGUGUGUGUGUGUGUGUGUGUGUGUGUGUGUGUGUUGAAAUGAGAGAAACCAUAGAAAAUAUUUUAAUUAAACCCUAAUAUAUUGACUUGACAUUGUUAAAACAGGCCAGUGCUUUGCGUAGAAGAUAGAACGAGUGGCAAACGGCUCAGCUGCCAAACUCUGACUUUCCCCUCUUUUAGGGGGCUGAUGGCCACAAACAGCACUGCAGUGUUUCAGUAUCCUCACUUUCAUACAUUUUAAUUAAAAAAUAAGACACAGGCUGCUAUAUGGAGACAGAAAAUGCUGUAACUGUGUUAGUUAAAAGUUCUUAGAAGAAAGAAAGAAAAGCGCUCAGUGUUGCACAAGGAAAUUUAAAAGUUGACAUAUCUUCCAUUAAUCAUCUGACAGUUACAUAUAAAAUGUACUUUUUCUGGGACAAGAUUUCCCAAGUUGAGAGCAUAAAACUCGCAGCCAUUUUAUCCAGACAGGGACGAACCACCACAGUACAGCUCUGUCGCUAUCCUUACAUUGAUUAUGUACACACUUGUUAUCUUGUUACCUGACCUAUUAUCUGUACCUCAUAUGUCAUACUGUGCCUCUGUGUAUAACAUGCUACAUGUGAACCGUUUAUUUGUAUAGUGAUAUUGCAUUGUUUGAUGUGUUCUGUAAAUAAAACAAAACCAAACCUUUA